CUCUUUUUUGCAGUUGUGAGAGCUCCCGAAGCUUGUCCAUCGGCGCCCAACGUCGUCCACUUUACCCUCGUUCCAACGUUCCGGCCGAGAGAACGUCCAUCCGGCUGCACGGAGCCACCGCGAUGGCGUACGAUUCUCGUUCAUUGCACGCGAGAGCCUCGCAGGAGACACUAAUAUCACUGCUUCACCUUGACCCUUCUCCCAUAGAGAACAGCUCUACCUAUGAUAAGGAGCUUCCGCCUCUCCCACACGAUGGAACGCUUCCUCCAACCUCCGCCUUAGGUCUUAGUGGGAGCGGCCGGGGCCCGAUAUACUACUUAUCACGAAUCCAACGCUACUCGUCCUACUCUUUCUGCUUGUUCGCAGGCCUGCACCUCGCCAACACAUCCAUAUUUCCCCUCAUCUGCCAGUCCGUUCCCGAGUCCGAGCAGUUCCUCCUUAUGGCCCGUGAGCUCUACCAGACGCGCCUGGCCGAACCUUUGCUUGUCGCUCUGCCUGUUGUUGCCCACGUCACCUCCGGAGUCGCCGUACGCCUCCUCCGCCGACGACAGAACUUGAAGCGGUACGGCAGCGAGACACCAAGUAUGUGGGCUCUACACCGUGCAAGCCUCGCCUCGGCUUUUCCACCUCCAUCAAGAAAUUCAAGUAACCUAAGGAUAUGGCCGCCGUUGAAUUACAUCUCCAUCUCCGGAUACGUCUUCGCUGGCCUGCUAGCUUCGCAUGUCGGCCUGAACCGCAUUCUUCCGCUCGUUGUGGAUGGCGACAGCUCUAACGUUGGCCUACAGUAUGUAUCCCACGGAUUCGCGCGGAAUCCGGUACCCUCCUGGAUUGGGUUCUCCUUGCUCCUUUCUGUAGGAGUGGGACACAUGGUGUGGGGAUGUGCGAAAUGGCUCAACGUCGCGCCACCGGCGAAUUGGAAGAAGAUAACUGUCGAGAAGAAGCAGCGGAAACGUAGAAGACGUGCCUGGUGGGGGGUCCAAGGAGUUACCGUCGCGAUCGUCUGCUUAUGGGCCUCGGGAAGCCUAGGAGUUGUUGCGAGAGCGGGUCCUGCGGAAGGCUGGCUUGCCACGGUAUACGAUAAUAUAUAUAACGCCGUAGGGCAUUGAGAAAACGUUUCCUUGGAUAUGAAAAUCUAUAUGUAGUACAUCUCGGAGUUGUCUCGAAUAUCAUCUCGUAAAGAUAAUUUGGGGCCCAGUCCUGUCACAAUGUGAGGUUAUCUAGAGAUAGGGCUCGGCAACUGUGCCGUGUCUUUGACUCAAUGUUGUAAGUUGGCAUGAAUAUGGAAUACCGUAGCACA